AUGAUGAAGGUCAAUGGUAUUCUCACCGCGGUCACGCCCGAGAUGCUACGACCUCCGCCUGUGAACGAAGCGACUGACAGUGCGGUUAAAUACGUGAACAAAGCGCGAGGUGUUGUCAUGCGGAAACUCCUGGAUAUACGUCUGCCGCAGAAAGAGCUUCUUGGAGACUUUGACCCCGAUACAUGCGUCGGAGAGGGCCAGCAGCGGCCACCGCUGAUGCAUUUCGGCUUCGCCAUGACCUGGACGCAAGUCAUCGCUUUGCUAAGGCGCCACAAUUACUUGCACUCUCCGUCUAUGCCUUAUAAACCGACCUUGGCGAAGUUGAGCAAGUCACGCUCACACCCACGUGUGAAUAUUGUGGAAAAGGACGCGCUGCGAGACCGUUUGUUGCUCGUUCUGGGAUUCAAGACCGGCCAAGGGUUUGCGGCGAGCGAGUGCUUGACGCCCAAGGGUGUGCGUGUGGUCAUAUCGUUAUAUACCAACUACUCGAAGGGCUCCAACGACUGGAGCACUGACGAGGACAGACGCCGGGAGGUCAUGAGCAAGCUCUGCGAUUUCUUACGUUCGAAAAGCUAUGACCCUGAUGAGCACCUGAACUGGUACUGGGAUGCCAAAUGGUGUGGGCUUGGAUACUCUGCGCCCGAUGACGCUUUCAAUCCUUGGCCUGCAGCGGAGAACAGUAGAUGGAGGACUCAAUUUAACAAUCGAUCGCCUGAUGAAGGGAAAGCUAGACGCACCAUUGAUACGAGAGGCGAUCAGGCGUAUUAG